AUGGAAAAGAAGCCCGCCAACCACCCGCAGCCCAAACAUCAAAACUCGCGCCCCCCCCCGGUCCCCUCGGAUAGGGUGGGUAGAUCGCUACGCGAGUUUUCUCAACUACCGCAAGAAAAAACACCAACAGAUGCCGACCCCCCCGCCGCCGCGGGGCAGGUGGGUAUUCUAGAAAGUGGGUUUUCACAACCACCGGCAUCCACAAACCUUCAGCCUGAAGCCGAAACUGCUGAAGAAGAUGACGAACUCUUUGAGUUCACCGACGCCCUCGUGUCGGACCCCGCCGAAGGCUCUCCCAAGCAUUGGCGGUCGCCCGACGCAGCACCUGGCCGCACUUUCUCGCCGCUCCCGAGGGAAGCCCAAGACCGACUCUCCCCCCACGAGCAACUGGAUCGUGACCGUAUCCUGGUUGCCCGUCUGGGGCAAUUCGGUUACAUGUCUCCCUGCCUGGAGGCAUGGAUGGCGGCCUACAUCAGGCUCCAGGGGCACGCCCUGGGCGACGACGUCGAGCUGCUGCCAGAGGACGUCCCGUUCCUCCCGUUCCUGGAGGACCACCCGGCUGUCCUACAACCAUCGGCAGUCAAGAGGAAGCCGGAGAGCAGCCCGCCAGAGAAACAAGACCAAAAGAGGGUCUGUCAUAAUAUUACGCCACCGACCGACCCGCGACUCCGCGCUCGUCCAGGAGCCGCCCCGCAGCCCAAACAAGUCCCCACCGCCAGGGUAGCCGCCAACAACGAGGCCCCCAUGCCGGGACCCCCAGCUCCGCCACCCCCGCCCCCCACGCCCUUAGCCGCGGGCCCGGGACCCAACUACGUGAACGCCGCAGCCCUCCCCUCGGGCACCGCGGCUCCGAGCCCCGCAUCCACCGAGAACAAAACUGCAACAAAAAAAAAUAGCAACUAA